UUAAUAUUCGAAUUCGUUUCCUUUGCUCGAAACUUUCGCAUACUAGGUAUUUCUUCUUCUAAAGUUCACCAGUAACACAAAAUUAGGUCAGAAACUUAUAAUGCUUGAAUAAAGCUAUGAUGGUUAUCUUAGGAAGUACAAGAGAGGGAUUUACUGGACCAGCGCUACUAGCUACAAUGAUGAUGGUGGCAACAUUAUUUUACCUCAAAUUGUGAAACGUUCAUCACUGGUUAAUUAUUUAUCAUACCAAUAGCAAUAACCACAAAAGAACAGGUUGGCAGGAAAUGUACAGCUUGGUCUGGCCCAAGUUAGGGGAGAUAAAAGGCUUUCGGUUUACAAGCUUGCUGUAUUAGAAUCUGCGAUUCAGAACAAAAUUAGAGGUUUUGUGCAUGACACCAAUUGAUACUCCUUCUGAAGAGAUGGUCAAAGAAGAAUCACCAAGAGUCACCAAAAGAGCAACUAGAUCUUCUUUAAAUACUCCCCAAAGCCCGCUUUUGGAAGAGAUGAGGAAAGAAGAAACACCACAAAGUAGCAAAAGAACUACUAGAUCUUCAGCUUUAAAAUCUUGUUCAAGUAGAAUUCGUGAAACCCAAAAGAAGAUAGACUUCCGUUCUCCAUCAUUGCUCAAAGAUCUUGUAUAUAGAGAACCUAUUAGUUUGGAUGCUUUAUGUUCUAGUUUUCCUGGUAGACGAGUUCAGAUUCUUGAGCUCUUGCAAUUGUUGGGUCCCGUGAAUUCUCCCUUACUUCCUCUUUUCAUAUAUGGUGGAGCAUCAACUGGCAAAACCAGUGUCAUUCUUCAAAUCUUUAGGCAUCUCAAGCACCCUUUCAUUUAUUCAAGCUGUCGUACUUGUUACAGCCCACGAAUUUUGUUCGAAACUGUAUUGAAUCAGUUGCCGCACAGGAGGAAUUCCGGCAGUGUUAAGCGUUGUGAAAAACCUGCAGAUUUUGUUAAUCUUCUUCAGGAUGGGAUUUCUGAGUUCAUAAACAAUCUCAAAGGAAAUUCAAGCAAAUUGGAUUCAGAGGAACUGAAAGAACAAGGCAGCACAGGGACGAUGAUCUAUUUUAUAUUUGAUAAUAUGGAACUUGUUCGCAGAUGGCCCAAAUAUUUGGAAAUAACUUCUAUGCUGUUUAAGCUAUAUGAGAUACUGAAAAUGCCAGAAGUAGGUUUUAUUUUUAUCAGCAAUUCCUCACUUGAUAUGUAUCAUGUGAACACUGGUUUUGCUGAACCUAUGCCGGUUCUUUUCCCUGAUUAUAGAGAAGAAGACCUUCGCAAGAUCUUUCUGCGAAACCAGCCAAAUCAGAAGCUAUACUCAUCCUUUCUUGAUGUUGUAUUUAAUUCUUUUUAUCGAAUGACUAAACGGGUGGAUGAAUUAUCUAUUGCUUUUGCACCCUUAUUUCAAAAAUAUUGCGAACUAUUUAGCGAUAAAAAGGGGUCAGUACCCACUGAAGAUAAGAAAAGAAGCUUGUUCAACAGAUUUGGAGAGCACAUAGCCCCAGCUCUUAAUGAGAUAUUCAAGGUCCCGGCUCAUCCAAAUUCUUUUAAAAUUGAAGCAAUCAAAGGGAAAGUCAAGAGAAGGGAUGUCGAGGUUACCGAUGAUAUAGAGUUCCACAUGCCUAUUUCAGCGAAGUAUCUUCUUAUUUCCGCAUUCAUUGCUUCAAGAAAUCCAGCUACUCUUGACGCAGCACUCUUUGAUUCAACUGGAGGUGGUGACAACCGGAAGCGCAAGAGAAAGAUGUCUGAGACGUCCAAGGAGAAAAAAGAACUUGCAGAACAAGAAUUGAUUAUGAAGGGACCUGGAACUUUUCCGUUGGAAAGAUUAUUAGCUAUAUUCCAGUGUAUUUCCUCAGUAGCAGAAUUUUCGCUCGAGAACGAGCAGCAACUCGAAGAUGAAAUUGUAUCUGGUGGGGAUACUGGGAUCAUGUCUGAUGUUUUAUUGCAGUUAUCCACUCUGUGCAACGCUAAUUAUAUUAGCAAAGGCGGAAGUUGUCCGUUGGAGGGCUCAACUAGGUAUCGGUCUACUAUUAGUGAAGAAAUGACUGUGAAGGUUGCAAGAAGUGUGAAUUUCCCGCUAUCGAAGUACCUAUAUAGAAGAUAACAGCGCUGGUUCAAGGGACCAGGAACAUUUUCAAAUAUCGACGGUCUCAGAGAUGUAUUUGCUAAAGAAUCAAAAUCGAACCUUAACAAAAUACUGUUAGCCAAUUCAUGUUUAACGACUAAAAUUUCUAAGCUAUUCUUGUUUAUCUUGUAUACAUGUUUAUUUAGCCAUCCAAACGUUGUUAGUUUA